CCACUGCUCACUCUCUCAGACUUAACAGAAGUUUGCUGAAACCUCAUCAUCGUUAGAAACGAGCAUGUCUUCAUCGACUCCACUGCCUCCGGCGCCCAAGACGCCCAAGACGCCCAAGAAGAGGUCCUCCAAGCCCAAAAAGACUGGCCCAAGCGUGUCUGACCUGAUCAUGAAGGCUGUGUCCGCAUCCAAGGAGCGAAGCGGUGUUUCACUUGUUGCCCUAAAGAAGGCACUAGCAGCCAGUGGAUACGAUGUUGUGAAAAACAACGCGCGUGUCAAAAUGGCCAUCAGGCGCUUGGUGACCAAAGGGGAUCUUAUACAGACCAAAGGCACAGGUGCAUCGGGCUCUUUCAAAUCCAACAAGAAGCAAGUUGUCCCAAAGAAGAAGAAAUCGGCCAAGAAGAAGAAACCAGCCGCCAAAGCCAAGAAGCCGGCGACCAAAAAGCGCAAGAGGGCGGCUGCAGCAACCAAAACAACUGAACCGAAGAAAUCUCCUAAAAAGGCUAAAAGGAAAUCAGCAGGGGCAAAGAAGGCCAAGUCUCCCAGCAAGGCUAAGAAACCGAGAGCAAGAAAGGCGAAGACCACCAAGGCAGCGAAGCCCAAGGUGGCCAAGCGCAGAGCUACCAGAGCUAAUGUUGCCGCGGCGCAGUGAGACAUCUAUACCCCCAAAGGCUCUUUUAAGAGCCACCCUGUAUUUUCUGGGCGAGAGUGUAAAAAUGCCAUUUCUCAGAAAAGUUGUGCUGCUGCUCGUUGUUCAGUUUGUGGUGCUAUUCAAUGCUACUAUCAAGGGAGACACUGGAAUUUAAAUAUGAUACGGGACAGCCAAAAUAUCUGUGUACGAAAUGUUUGCUUCUAUAAACGCAUACUUAAGUAUUUAUAAAACAAUGCAUUUGCAUAACCUUA